UUGGCCUUAUUCAAUGUCAGCAAUGGUUUCAGCAGUGAUAAUACAUUUGUGACGGAUCGAUGUGUGGGCAAAGAUGACAAGUUAGCCGUAAACGCAGUUGCAUUUUACUGUUGCCCGAAAAAAGGACCGCUAAUUUUUGCUGGCCGUAAAGAUGGCUCAAUUGCGGUGUAUGUGGAAAAUAAGCCAGAACCGAUACGUGUUAUGCAUCAGCACGAAAGCAAUGGUUAG